GGAGGCGUGACUGCUCACGGGUCAUAUGAGCGUCACCAGCGGCUCUGGGGCCAGAGAGCGGCGCGGACACCGGAGCGCCAUGUCGCCGGCUGACAGCAGCACCCUGCCGGGGUGGAUGAGGCGCAUUUGACUGGGCGGUGACCGCCAUACUGACAGAUUGUUGACAAAAUGAACCUUGUGCAGAAAUAACGGUGAAAUUCCUCCUUUUCUCCAUUGUUGGUGUCUACAAACUUUUCAAGCAGUCGCUUGGCCCAGAUCGGCAAGACCAAAACUGGCCCGAGCCAGCACACUGCGACCAUAAUGUCCAAGUCAGCUCUCCUGAAGGUGAUCCUUCUUGGUGACGGCGGUGUCGGCAAAUCAUCGCUCAUGAACCGCUACGUCACCAACAAGUUUGACUCGCACCUCUUCCACACUAUUGGCGUGGAGUUCCUCAACAAGGAGCUGGAGGUGGACGGGCACCACGUCACGCUGCAGAUCUGGGACACAGCGGGUCAGGAGCGCUUCCGCAGCCUCCGCACACCUUUCUACCGUGGCUCCGACUGCUGCCUGCUCACCUUCAGCGUGGACGACGGACAGAGCUUCAGCAACCUGACCAACUGGAAGAAGGAGUUCACUUAUUAUGCUGACGUAAAGGACCCUGACAACUUCCCCUUUGUGGUUCUGGGCAACAAACUGGAUGUUCCCGAACGUCAGGUGUCCGGGGAGGAUGCGAGACAGUGGUGCCGCGAGAACGGCGGACACCCAUACUUUGAGACAAGCGCCAAGGAUGCUACAAAUGUAGCAUCGGCCUUUGAGGAGGCGGUACGGCGUAUUCUGGCGUUGGACGACAGAGCUGAUCACCUCAUCCACACCAACACAGUGGACUUGGAGAGAAAGACUCACCCUGAUCCCACCUGCUGCUGAGCUGAGCCACCGCUUACCCAGCACGAGUUCUCACGAUGCUUCUUCAGUUGGCAAAUAUUACAUGGGUCUGAGUGUGGGUUUGUGAUGCAACAAAAAGGGGAACUGGUGUUUGCUCUGAAGCUUCUGUACAAUAUGUCAUGCCCUUGGUUAGACUCUCGACCAGGAGGAGCAAUUUUAAGCCAAUCAUAAUAUAUUUUAGACCGAAACCAGCAAUGAUUUGUGCCGAUAUUCAGCAUUUUUACACCAUCAAGGGACUGAAAACUCUCCUGAACCAGCUUACAUUAGCUCAAUUUUGGAGACAUAAUUAUUAAUUUAUGGAAACCAUUAAGGAACAUUUAAUAAAAUAUAACAUUUCUUUUUUUUUUUUUUUUUUUUUAAUUUAAUUUUAUUGAUUUAUUUGCAGUUAGUGACUAACCUCAGUUAUCACACCAUGACUGGUUGAAACUUACUGAGUUUAAUUACUGCUUAAUGGUCGAAGAUUAGUGUAUUGAAGGGGGUUUUCUCUAAUUAAAAGUCUACGUCACUUCCAUAGUGUUAACAGUUCUCUAAACAUACUAUUCCCACCACAGUGAGUAUCUGAGACACGCUACAUUUCUGUGCUUAAAACAUGUCACAUUUUCCGUUAUAAGAGGUUUAAAAACAUAAAAACCCAAUAUUCCAUCAAUAACUCAAACUCUCAACAAACAGCAGAUACGAAGGUACCUAAAAGUCAGUGUCGUCAAUUUUUUAUUUUUUAUUUUUUAAAGACAAAACAACUGUUACCUUCUGUUUUGUUGGGGUAACAGUGCCAAACCAGAGCUCUUGUGUUGUUGUUUUUUUUGUAAUACCACUGAUGCCAUGAUGACAUUUGGUGUUCCUCUAAAUAAAAGAUUUUAGCAGUUA